AUGAUCAGUAAGGCGAAAACAGCGCAGGAAGGAGCUGCAAUAUCAAAGUUAACAAAUAUUAGGAGAGGUCAAGACCACUUUCUCAAAAUAGAGAGGUCAGGCAAACCUGUGGUCGCAGCAAUAAUGGGUAGUUGCUUGGGUGGUGGAUGUGAAUUAGUGCUGGCAUGCCAUUACCGCAUCGCAGUAAAUGAUGCGAAAACUCAACUUGCAUUCCCAGAGGUCAUGCUUGGCCUUCUACCAGGGGCAGGUGGUACUCAAAGGUUACCGAAGCUUGUAUCGCUUCCAAAUGCAUUAGAUUUGAUGCUGACCGGGAAGAGGUUGAAAGCUGACAAGGCAAAGAAGAUUGGGCUUGUAGACACCAUUGUUCAUCCGAUUGGCGCUGGAAUUAAACCUGCAACGACUAAUACUCAUGAAUACUUAGAGAGAAUAGCAAUAGAUACAGCUCAAAAACUUGCUAGUGGAGAUAUUAAAAUGAAUAGAGAACCAGCGUUAUGGCAGAAAGGGUUGACAAAGUUGCUCUCCUACGAAUUUGUCAUGGACAAAAUAGUGAUGAGAUUUCUCAAGGACAAGGUUACAAAGCAGACCGGAGGAAACUAUCCAGCUCCACUAAAAAUCUUGGAAACCCUUCGUAAAGGCUUUGUUGAAGGGACGACAGAGGGAUACGCACAAGAAUCGCAGGUAGACAGUGUCACAUUUGCAGAAACCUAUCUUUCGAGUGAGUUUCACCUUUUCCAACCUUUGUUGAGUUUCGGUGAACUUCUACAGACUAACCAGUCUAAAGCUCUAGUGGGGCUGUUCAAAGGAUCUACUGAGUGCAGAAAGAAUAAGUAUGGAAUGGGGAAGCCAGUGAAUGAAGUAGCUGUAGUUGGAGCUGGACUUAUGGGAGCGGGCAUUACUGAUGUUACCAUUGAUAAAGGUCUCAAAUGUGUGAUGUUAGAUAAGACUCAAGAGGGACUGGAACGUGGUCAAAAUCAAGUUGGUAACUAUAUGAAUGGUCUAGUUAAACGGCGAAAGUUUUCGAAACUUGAGAAAGAGAGAAUGGUUUCCAAUCUGUUAUGCACAUGUGAUUACAAUGCGAUGAAAAAGGCUGAUGUCGUGAUUGAAGCUGUUUUUGAGGACUUGCCUCUAAAGCACAACGUCAUAAAGCAGAUUGAGGGGAUUGUGGGUAAGGAUACCAUCAUUGCCUCUAACACGUCAGCCCUUCCAAUCAAAGAGAUUGCAAAAGCUUCUUCUCGUCCUGACAAGGUAAUAGGCAUGCACUACUUCUCUCCUGUAGAAAAGAUGCAACUUUUGGAAAUCAUUGUUCAUGAUGGCACCUCGAAAGAGACCCUGGCUACUGCGGCCCAACUUGGAUUGAAACAGGGCAAAACUGUAGUAGUGGUCAAGGACUGCCCUGGAUUCUUCGUUGUGCGAUGCUUGUCACCAGUAAUGGCUGAAGUG